AUGGCUCAAAAUUCAUGGGAAACUUUCUUGCUAUCAUAUGAUGAUGUUCAAAAAACGUAUACUGAAUUUCAGACAGAUCAAUUUGAGAAGGAUGAUUUUGAAAAAGAACUUAAUAGACAUAAAAGAAUAGUGGAGGAAUUAAAUGAAGAUAAUUUCUAUGCUCUUUUGAACGUUAGCAAGAACGCAACGGAACUACAAAUUCGAGAAUCAUAUCAUCGUCUUUCCCGUACACUUCAUCCUGAUAAACAUCAUAAUCCAGAUUUGAAAGCUAUUUCUGAAGAGAAAUUUCAAUUAAUUCAACGUGCAUAUGAGGUAUUGAUGGAUCCAAGAAAACGAUUGAUUUAUAAUAUAUAUGGUGAAGAAGGAUUAAAAUUUAGUUGGGAUAUUCGAAAAAAAUUUAAAACAUCUGAAGAACUUCUUAUAGAGCUUGAAAAGCAAAUGCGUAAAAAAAAUGAACAAAACGUAGAAAAUAUGGUUAAGUCUAGGGGAUAUAUAAACUUGCUUUUUAAUAUUUCACCAUUGUUUCAAACAAUUCAAACGCCUGCAUCAUCACGUCUUGGAAUAUUAUCUCAAACAAGAAAAUUGAAUUUUUUUGAAAGAAUUAAAUACACUGGUAUUUCGGCUGUUUUUAUGAAGCAUUCGUUUUCCAUUCCAUUGUCUUUUGGGAAUAAUUCGUAUUUUAAUGAUAAAAUUACAUUUACUUUUAUUGGGCAAAUGUUAUCUAAAAACAAAACAUCUGAAAGGAACAUUAUAGGAGUUAUGCGUUAUGUUUAUAGUCCAGCUAUUUGGUUUGAAGUAGGGACAUAUCUUCUUGAUCCUAAACUAUUAUUUUCCAAACUUGUCUGUACUUUUAAUAAAGAUUCAUUUAUGACAAUACAAACACAUUUUCCUACUUUUUAUGCACCGCCUCAGUUCAUUAUAAGUUCUGGGAAACGAUUAACUCCUCAGGGAACUGGAUUUAUGAUUUUUAAGACAGGAUGUUGGAAUUUUUGGAAUUGGGGGUUAAAUAUUCCAUUUUCUAGUCAAAGAUCUAGUUUUACUCUCGGUUGGCAAAGCGCUUUGAAACCCGGCCUUGAUAAUUCUUGGAGUGCAGAAAUAACUGCCGGAAUUUUGGAGAGCGGUAUCUCUUGUGAAUGGGUGAAUAAUAUAGGGAAAGGAAAAAAUGUAGAAAAAGUGAAAUUUACCGCAUCUGUUUUGACCAGUGGAGCCGUAUUCGGUAUGGAAACUUCACGAAGGAUUGGAGAAAAUUCUAAUGCUUUUAUUAAUUUAUCUUUUACAUUGCCCCAGGGUAUGAUAGUAUUAAAAGUAAUAUUUUCAAGACUAGGGCAAAAAAUAGUUAUUCCAAUUAUAUUAUGUACUAAAUAUAAUCUUAAGGCGUCUUUAUGGGGAGUAAUAGUUCCAACAAGUAUUUUGAUAGCAUUAGAAGCAAUUUAUUUUAAAUCUAAUCGAAUAAAAAAAAAAAAAGAAAAAAUAGCUGCAAUUAAAAAAGAAUACGAAGAAUGUUUAAAUAUAAAAAAAAAAAAGGCGGAAGAUUUCCUGCAUCUUAUUUAUGAUAUGGUUCAUAGAAGACAAUGUUAUGAAAAACAAAAAGAUGGAUUGUAUAUAAUUAAGGCUGUUUAUGGCGAUUUCAUGACAGGCGAUAUAAUUGAUGUAACAAUUGCUAUUGCAGCUUUAGUCAAUGAGAGCCAGCUUACGAUUCAUCAUGGGUUUUCUAAGUCUCAAAUUAUUGGAAUUUGGGAUCCUGCUUUUGGCCAGAAAAAGACAUUACGUGUAGAAUAUUCAUUUAAAGGAAGAGUUCAUUUUGUAGAAGUAGGAGAUAAACAUGGUUUAAUUGCGCCAUUAAGGGAACAUUUGGUUACUAAUAUUAAAAAAAAUAAUUUUUAA